CGUGUUUAAUGUUUGCUAUAUCAUCUAUCGGUUUAUUGUGAAAUUCUCGUUGAAUCGUAGUGAGCAUAAAAUCUAAUUUGAUUUCUGUUUUUUCAUGAAAAUUGCGAAACGUGUCUUAUGCUUUUAAUGCGGAAUAUAUUGGAUAGUAAAGAUGUUUAACGGAUUGUCAUUCUUGGAUAAAGAUGAAAAUGAAUUUGAUAAUUUUCUCCGUGGACCCACCUCAAAUGAAAAAUCAAAUUUGGCCGACAUAUUUGAAGCUGAUGAAUCAGAGCGUGCCAAUGAAGUGAAUCCAACAUUGAAAUAUGUGCCACUUAAAUCAACACAACCGCAAACACAGAAAAUGGACCACACGAACAAACCAACGUGGAAUGUCAUUAUUGCAAAAAUUGUUACCGCAUUCAAAUUGAUAAGCGACAUCAAUACAUCAAUCGGUCAUCUUGGUUUGGCAUUGUUGCAAAACCCAUUCGAGAAUACAUCAAAGUUGAUUCUUUACAAAACGAAAGAGCAAAUUUUGUCCACAUUUUUGCUGAAAAGAUCGACGAAGGUGUAUUGGAAGCCACCAUAUUUACAAUAUCAUGAUGAUAUGAAUGGAUUUUGGAGCUUAUUAUUCACACAUGAUGCUGAUUGCACUGAUUUCUUCGCAAAAUUAGAAGAAGUUUGUGACAUUGACCGAGCCAACGCAAUAAAAUUCGAGGCAAGCGAUCGAAUCAAUAUGGUUGAAUUGGAAAAGAUUGAAGAGGUUAGUUCAAAAUCAAACGCAGAAAAACCCGACGAAGUUGAUUCGACCAACAGUCCAAUUCUCAAAACUAAGGACGAUGUGGUGCACCGUGUCGCAAGAAUUGGUCAUCAACUUCCGAAAAUCAAACCAGUUACAGCCGAUGAUGAUAGUGAUUCGACUCAACCUUCGGAUACAGAAAAAGUGCCAAACAUCAAGCCGGCUUAUAACAUUGCAGAACGAACAGGUCAACUGCCACCAAAACCGGCCAAUAUCUCAGUUGCCUUGCAACCAUCAUUUUGGCCAUCAUCUACAUUCGAUUUGAAUUCAUUUGCCACCGAAAAUCGCAUCCAAAAUACAGAAGUACGAAUGAAUUUAUCAAAGUUGGACUCGAAAAUGGACCGCAUGUUGGACAAUAUUGAACGUCUUCGACUCAAAGCAACACAUGCAACGAAUGCCAGUGAUAAAGAUGAAGAAAUCAUCAGGUUGGAAGAAAAAGUGCUGGAACUAAAAAAGGAAAAUCGUGCAUUGAAAAUGCAAUUGACUGAAGGCGAAAAGGUGAUAGUUCGUGAAAAUGAUAAUGACAAAGAAUGGAUGGAAUUGCAAAGAAAAAUCACUGACCAAGAGCAUCAUAUUGUGGAGUUGAAAAACAAGUGGGAAGAAACCGAACAAAGUCUAAAGAUGGGAAUGGAAUCAAUCGAAAAGGAUAAAGCCGACAUCAUUGCAAAUCAUGCAAAAGAAAUGAAUGUUUUACGCGAAGAACUUGAAAAGAAAAACGCUGAAAUGGACACAUUACGUGAACAAUUAAAGGAACAACAUGAUCAAAGCAAUAAAUCAUCGGGAAAUGCAGGCAAAGGUGAUAUGAUUCGCGACAUUAUGAAUCAAUUUUAUGUGAAAUUAUACCAAAGUAUUGAAGGGAAAGAGACAAUGGGCUCCGCUGAUAUACUCAAAUUAACGGCUGAAAUCAUACGAAAAGAAACAAAGGCUGCAUUAAACUCGAAUUGAUUUUGUUGAGCAUUUUUUUAUCGUUGUAAUUCGGGCUGUUUAUUCCAAUUUUUCGAUUUUAUGAAUUUUCAAAUGUUAAUAAGUUAAGGUUAUCAUUAAAUAAUCGAUUGCGAUUAAAUUAGCACGAA